UUGGGGGUAGGCGCAUUGGGACCACAAGUGUCUGGCAGUGUGGGCUGGGGCCUUGUCACUGAGGCAGAGUCACUUCUGGGCCCUGAGGCAGCUGCCCCAUGCUCUGCUGAGCAGGGUACCAUGCUUCCACGCUUGCUUCUGCUGCUGAGCCUCUUGGGCCCUGGCAACAGCCUUCGGUUGUGGGACCCCUGGGAGUAUGGAGGCAAGGAAGCCUCAGAGCCCGUGCAUUUCCGGGACCGGAGACAGGCUGCUUUGGAUGAUGAGUAUGAGGAGUCAGACUACUCCCCAGAAGGCACAGACCCCCCAGAAAUGCUGAUAAAUGUCACCGACACUGUGGCUUCACACCCUGAACCUCUGACCAUGACAACCAUGCUAGAUCAGAGAGUGUCUGUGAGGCCUGGAACCUCUGAGUCAGUCACUACCAAGAUCACCAUCACCGGCCCUGCUGGCCCAGAUGCAGGAGGGCAGAGCACAGAAUCUGCCACACAGUGGAGGCCAACCAUCCAACCAGCAUCCACGGAAGCAGGGACUUCACAGCCAGCACCCACGGAGGCAGAGACCUCACAGCCAGUACCCACAGAGGCAGAGACCUCACAGCCAGUACCCACGGAGGCUGAGACCUCACAGCCAGCAUCCACAGAGGCAGAGACCUCACAGCCAGUACCCACAGAGGCAGAGACCUCACAGCCAGUACCCACGGAGGCAGAGACCUCACAGCCAGUACCCACAGAGGCAGAGACCUCACAGCCAGUACCCACGGAGGCUGAGACCUCACAACCAGCACACACGGAGGCAGAGACCACCCAGCUUCCCGGUGGUCUGGUUGUAAAAAGUCUGUCUACAGAGUCCACAGCCACAGAAACACCUUCCAAAGAGCCCACGGCCACGGAGACCAUGUCCACAGAGCCUAUUGACUCUGCCAUCUUCUUUGGGCCAUCUGUGACUCACAAGAAUAAUGAUGUGGCAACUGACCACUUAAAUGACAAUGCUUUGAAGAACGGGCUGUUUGUGACCCCUUGGAGCUCUCUGGCCACAACAACCCCAUGGACCUCUGACCUCAUCCCCGUCAAGCAAUGCCUCCUAGUCAUCCUCAUCUUAGCCUCUCUGGCCACCAUCUUCCUGGUGUGCACGGUGGUCCUGGCAGUCCGCCUCUCCCGUAAGAAGCACAUGUACCCAGUGAGGAACUACUCCCCCACAGAGAUGAUCUGCAUCUCAUCUUUGCUGCCUGAGGGGGGCGAAGGGGCCCCUGUCACAGCCAAUGGGGACCUGCCCAAGGUCCGGGACCUGAAGACAGAGCUCAGUGAGGACCGAGAUGGGGAUGACCUCACCCUGCGCAGCUUCCUGCCUUAGCCCUCCCCCCAGCCACCUGAACAAGACCCUUGCUGACUUUACCCUCCAUGCCCACCUGCUGGUCACCAACGCCACAGAUCUGGGAUUCCUGGGUGAACUUUAUCCGCAGGAGUCUUUAGGGUCCAGAGCCUCUAAGAUCCUGCAGCUCCUGCUUCAUUCAUGGAACCUGGUGGCCUCCAGACCAAGGACCGCAGUAGAAGUUGCUGCUCUUGGACGCCUAUAUCCACCUGAUUGCUGUUUUCUUCUGGGACCACCCUCCCCCAAUGCCUCCAGUGCUAUGAGACUCCAUGCCGGUCACUAGAGUCCUGGCCUCAUGUCCCCAAGAAAGAACAAAUUCCCUACCCCAGUCCCAAAGCCUUCCUCUUGGUUGCUAUGGUUGCCUGAUAAGAAAGGCUCUCUGGGAGAGGCUGCCAGCCAGCAGCAUUUUCCAAGGCCAUGUCUGUUCCUCUACCCGCAGUGAGGGGCAGCUUGGCUUUCCCAGGCACCUGUCUGGGGAUAGCAGGGCAAGAACUGGAAAGGUAGUCCCUCACUUGGGUCUGUGUGGACCAUGAGCUUCUUCCGUCUCUUGACAGAGUGAAACUCACACUGGCCUGUCACAGCGCAGGCACUCAAUAAAUGUGCGGCAGCAAA